UCUCAUCUAUUGUGUUUUUGUUCCGGUUUCUUUGCUCGUCUUAUUUUGAACUAUUAUUAAAUGAAAAUGAAUUAAAUAUUGUUUAUAAAAUGACGGAAAUAUGGAAUAUUAGUGGUUUAUGUCGGUGCUGUCACGCUGAAGGCAAUUUUACGAGUGUAAACGUGUUUUCUAACGGAGGAAUCGAAGAUGAUUGUCAUGUUUUGUUACGGGAUACUUUCGAUAUUGUUUUAAAUCCUCUACCAAACAGCACUGACACUUACUCCUUGUGCUCCGUCUGUGAGCCGCGGCUAAGGGACGCAGCUCAGUUCAAGAAACAGGUGCUGUUAUGUGAAGAUAAGUUCAAACAGUACCUGUUUAGCUGUGGUUUUAAAGAUGCAGAGGGUGGAAAAGAGCUUAAAAAUGAAUUUACAGACAUUGGCCUUAAAGAAGAAUCCAGUCACGAUGAGCAGGCUGGACUGGACUAUAAAUAUGAUGAAGACAGUCUCCAAGAGCUAGACAUAUUCAUCCAGCCAGCUGAAGAUGACGAUCAGCCGCUGUCAGUGUUGCGCAGCUCCCGAGGGGCGCAGCCCCCGGACAGCGCGGAGCCCGACGCUGAGUGGGCUGCGCCACCUGAGUUGAGCGAUGACGAAGACCGAAAACCCAAAAACCAGAAAACUAAAAAAUACUCCUGCGACAUCUGCCAAAAGAAAUUCUCAUACAACGGCUCUUUAGAAGUCCACAUGAAAGCCCAUAACGGCGAGAAAUCAUUUACAUGCCACCUCUGUAGUACCACACACACAAACAACAAAGAAUUAACGAAACAUAUAACUAUAGCACACAUAGUUGAUAACGCAUAUCCUUGUACAAUUUGCCAAAAGAUAUUCGAGAAAGCUAGACUACUCAAAAAGCACAUAAAAGUCCACUUCGAAGAAAAAUUCAAAUGUACAGAGUGUAAUAAAGAGUUUCAAAGGAAAAAAGGCUUGAAAGAACAUAUGAAAAUACACACAGGGGAGCGGAAAUAUAGUUGUUCGAUUUGUAAUAAAGCUUUCGGUCAUAAUCAGACGUUGAAAUCGCAUAUGUACACUCAUACCGGGGAGAAACCUUAUGUCUGUGACGUUUGUGGACGCCGAUUCCCUCAAAGAACACAUUUAAAACGACAUAUAUUUAUAAUACAUACAGGUAUAAAACCUCAUACUUGUGGUGUGUGUAAUAAACAGUUUUCUAGUAAGAGUUAUUUAGCUAUACAUGAGCGACAACAUACGGGAGAAAAACCUUAUUCUUGUGAGGUUUGUAAGAAAGAUUUCACGGCGUACACGACUUUGAAAGUCCAUAUGAGAGUGCACACAGGUUUUAAGCCCUACACCUGCAGUUUUUGCAACCGCCAAUUCGCCCAAAUGGCCAGUUUUAAACUCCACCAAAGAACACAUACAGGCGAAAAACCGUUUUCUUGUAAAGUCUGCAAAAAACCGUUCUCAGAUAAUGGGUACCUAAAAAUUCAUAUGCGCGUUCAUUCUGGUGAGAAACCAUUUUCCUGUGAAGUGUGUAAACGAUGUUUCAGAGAAACUGGUCAAUUGAAAAGACAUAUGCGAGUUCACACUGGUAUUAAGCCUUAUACUUGUAAAAUUUGUAACAAACAAAUAGGUAAUUUAUCCAAGCAUAUGAGGGUGCAUUCAGAAGAAAGGCCUUUUAGUUGUAAUAUUUGUAGUAAGCAGUUUUCUAUAAACGGUAAUUUGAAGUUACAUAUGAGAAUUCAUACUGGGGAGAAACCUUUUGCUUGUGAGAUAUGUAAUAGUCAGUUCACUCAGAGCAGUGGAUUGAAGCGUCAUAGGUGCACUCAUGUUGAAAAAAAUGAUGGUUUGAGUUCUUAGAGCUAUAAUUUAGUUUCUAUUAUACUUGUAUAAUAAAGAGCUAAAAAAGUGAGUUUUCCAGAAAUUGGUAAGUAGGUAAAUACUUUUACUAAGGUAAUCCUUAAACUUUUAGGAAUCAUAAAAUCUAUUCGUUUUUUGAGAGUUAUUUUUAUUCGGUAGCUAGUUUGAUGCUAAACUACAGGAAAUAU